AUGGAGAUGAAGAAGAUUGCCUUCGGUGUUGUUUUCGCCGCUGCUUUCAUGACCGCAGUCAUGGCUACAGAGGUUGGAGCUCCAGCACCGGGACCGGCCGCAAGCGGAGCCUCCUUAGCCGUACCGGCUCUUGGCUCUUUGGUUGGAGCUUCCCUUGUGUCUCUCUUCACCUACUACUUAAACUAA